AUGAUAAAGAAAAGAGUAAUAGUAUGCCUAGAUGUAAGAGAUGCAAAAGUAACAAAAGGGGUGCGCUUUAAGAAUAAUAAAGAUAUAGGCGAUCCAGUACUCCUUGCACAACAUUACUAUGAAACCGGGGCAGAUGAGCUUGUGCUAUACGAUAUUACUGCAUCUUCAGAGCAUAGAGGAAUAAUGAUCGAUGUGGUGAAACGCGUUGCCCAGAAUAUUUUUAUUCCCUUUUCGGUUGGAGGGGGGGUGAGAUCUGUCUAUGACAUGUCUUUAUUACUUGCUGCUGGCGCAGAAAAGAUUAGUGUAAACAGCGCAGCGGUACACAACCCUUCUAUUAUCGAUAAUGGAGCGAAGAAGUUUGGCAAUCAGUGCAUAGUGCUUGGUAUGGAUGCGUUAGCAGACCCAAGCAUGCCUAGUGGGUACAGGGUAUUGAUUAAGGGGGGGAGAGAGAAGACAGAGAAAGAUGUACGUGCAUGGGCAAUAGAAGCAGUAGAGAGGGGCGCAGGCGAGAUAGUACUUAAUAGCAUUGAUGCAGACGGGACUCGUCAAGGAUACGAAUGUACUUUGGUAAAGAUGAUUUCUGAGGCUGUAACAGUACCCGUCGUUGCUUCUGGGGGGGCUGGAACCCCUCAGGAUCUUGUAGAAGUAUUUCGUAAAGGAAGAGCCGACGCCGCACUGGUAGCAUCGAUGCUGCAUUACGGUCACUACACUGUGAGUCAAAUAAAAGAUGUGCUUGCACGGGCAUGCAUAGAUGUAAGAAAAUAA